AUGGCCGACAAAACCAAUGGCAACGGCAACCCUCUUGCCCAAGUUGAAAAAGUUGUCGCUGCAUCCCUCAGACCCUUGCCAACUGAAACUGGCGAUGGCACCUACAUCAAGAGUAAUACGACCACAGGCCUGGCCCAGGACCUGGGUCACUUUGAUUUGAAGGAUGUCAAGACACUGGCAGAAGUCGCAAAAAGCUCGAUUACCGGGGACCCCGUGAAUGACCGACAGUAUAUCAUGGAACGAGUGAUUCAGCUCGCGGCUGGGUUGCCUUCCACGUCGAAAAACGGCAAAGAUUUGACGAAUACCUUCCUGAACACUUUAUGGAAUGAUUUAGAGCACCCGCCUAUAUCAUACCUGGGGCGGGAUUCUGCAUAUCGAAAAGCUGAUGGAUCAGGCAAUAACUUCUUUUGGCAGCAGAUCGGUGCUGCUGGUACCCCCUACGCACGAUCUGUCCGACCGCAGACAAUGCUGCCUGCUGCUCUUCCAGAGCCAGAGGCUCUUUUUGACAGUCUUUUGGCUCGGAAGGAUUUCAAGGAGCACCCGAACAAGAUCUCCAGCGUCCUUUUCUACCUCGCAUCUAUUAUUAUCCAUGAUCUCUUCCAAACGGACCCCCGUGAUAGCACGAUAUCCUUGACUUCCUCAUAUCUCGACCUGGGCCCUCUCUAUGGUAACAACCAGGACGAGCAGAAUGCAGUGAGAACCUUCAAGGACGGCAAGUUGAAGCCGGAUUGCUUUUCUGCAAAGCGAAUCUUGGGAUUUCCUCCUGGUGUCGGUGUCCUUCUAAUCAUGUUCAAUCGUUUCCACAACUACGUUGUCACUCAGCUGGCAGCAAUCAACGAAGGCGGUCGGUUCACCAAACCCGACGAGUCCAAUACAAAGGCUUAUGCGACCUGGGAUAAUGACCUGUUCCAGACGUCUCGUUUGAUCACUUGUGGCCUUUAUGUGAACAUCAUCUUGAAAGAUUAUGUUCGAACCAUCCUCAACCUGAACCGUACAGACAGUACAUGGAGUCUGGAUCCUCGCGCAGACAUCAAGGAUGGUCUUCUUGGGGAAGCUGCCAAGCAGGCUACUGGAAACCAGGUGUCCGCGGAGUUCAACCUUGUCUAUAGAUGGCACUCAUGCAUCUCAGCUCGGGACCAAAAGUGGUCCGAAGGCUUAUACAAGGAAUUGUUUCCAAAUGUGGAAGACCCGAGCCAGCUUUCUCUGCAGCAAUUUACCAUGGGACUUGGUAAAUGGGAGGCCACGCUUCCCCAGGACCCUCAGGAACGUCCGUUUGGCAACUUGCACCGCAAGGCGGACGGCUCAUUUGAGGAUGAUGACUUGGUUAAAAUCUUCGAAGAAAGCGUAGAAGAUGUGGCUGGAGCGUUCGGGGCAUCUAACGUACCUACUGUCUUCCGAACUAUCGAAGUCCUGGGCAUCAAGCAGGCGCGGUCAUGGAACUUGGCCACAUUGAACGAAUUCCGGUCGUUUUUCAAACUGGCACCCUAUAAGACAUUUGAAGAGAUUAACUCGGAUCCACAUAUCGUCGAUCAAUUGCGACGAUUCUAUGACCACCCGGACCUUGUGGAGCUUUAUCCAGGACUGGUUGUUGAAGAUGCGAAAGAGCCUCUCUCACCGAGCAGUGGACUAUGUGCCAACUUUACUACGUCAAGAGCAAUUCUUUCGGAUGCUGUGGCUCUUGUUCGUGGCGAUCGAUUUUAUACUGUCGACUACACCCCCAGACAUCUCACAAACUGGGGCUUCAAUGAAAUCAGCUAUGACGACACCGUGGACAAGGGCCAUGUCUUCUAUAAGCUGGUACUCAGAGCUUUCCCCAAUCACUUCCGCGGGGACUCGGUCUAUGCCCAUUUCCCGUUCGUGAUUCCACAAGAAAACCGAAAGAUCCUGAGCAGCCUGAAACUGGAUAAAAUAUACAGCUUCGACCAACCUUCCUUCGUUCCGACGCCUCGGCUUAUCAACUCGCAUGCUGCCUGCAUGUCCAUUCUCGCAGAUCGGGAGGGCUUCAGAGUGACGCUGGCUAAAAAGUUGGAAUUUAUCUUGCAACGUGACGGUCAUCCUUACGGUCGAGACUUCAUGUUAGCAGACGACCGUCCUGCGAAUGCCUCAUCGCGGAAGAUAGUGGGAAAGGCCCUGUAUAGGGAGAAGUGGGAAUCGGAAGUGCGUUCGUUCUACGAGGAGAUUACCAUUCAACUUCUACGCCAGAACUCAUACAAAAUCGCCGGCGUCAACCAAGUCGACCUCGUUCGAGACGUGGCCAACCUUGCCCAAAUUCAUUUCUGCGCUAAUCUAUUCUCCCUCCCGAUGAAGACUGAGUCCAACCCGCGAGGCAUCUUUAGUCCGGUGGAACUCUAUCAGAUCCUGGCCUUGGUUUUUACAUGUAUUUUCUAUGAUGUCGAUGUUUCUAAGUCAUUCCAGCUCGAGCAAGCCUCGCGCAAUCUUGCGCAGCAGCUCGGUGAUCUGGUCAUGGCAAAUGUGGAGCUUGUUGACAAGGCUGGAUUCAUCGCCAAUCUACUGAAUCGCCUCCAUCGCCAUGACACCCUCUCGGACUAUGGAGUUCACAUGAUUCAGCACCUCCUUGAGAGUGGUCUUCCUCCGAAGGAUAUUGUCUGGACCCAUAUCCUGCCGUCUGCAACCUCGAUGGUGGCGAACCAGGCCCAGCUAUUCAUCCAAUGUAUGGACUUCUAUCUGGAGCCUGAAAAUGCCCAUCACCUUGCGGAGAUCCAGCGCUUGUCUAAAGAAGAGACCCCCGAAUCCGAUGAGUUGCUUCUGAGAUACUUCAUGGAAGGUGGCCGGAUCAGGUCAUCGGUUGCCCUUGUCCGAGAGGUCAACAAGCCCACAGUUAUCGAUGAUAAUGGAGAAAAAGUGACAGUGAAAGCUGGGCAAUUCAUUUGGACUAACUUGGUCGCUGCAAGUCAUGAUCCCAAAGCGUGGCCUGAGCCUGACAAGGUUCGCUUAGAUCGGGACCUGUCGCAGUAUUGUCACUUCGGCUUCGGUCCGCAUCAAUGCCUGGGGCGCGCCGUGUGUCAGAUUUCACUGCCAACCAUGAUGCGUGUGAUCGGAAAAUUGGAGAACUUACGCCGUGCCCCUGGGCCCCAAGGCCAGCUGAAAAAAUUGAAAAUGCUUGGCGGACUUACUAUGUAUAUGGAUGCCGAGCAGAGUAUGGUUUCGCCGUUCCCUUCGACGAUGAAAAUCCAGUGGGAUGGAGAGUUGCCUGUUGUGAAGAACCAGUGA